AAAACGGCAUUCCCGGGUCAGGCGGGGCUGGGGGAGCUCCGGCAGCGGGCCGGCUGCAGAAACCCUCAGGGCCGAGCCCGGCGGAGCAGGGACUUGCCGGGGCUGAACAGAGCCCGCCGGCCGCGAGGCCGCUCCUGCCCUUCCCCUCAGAGCCCUCCCGGCCGCGCGCCGGGCCCCGCCCCGCGGGUCCUGGCAGGGCGAUAAGGAGCGCGGGCGCAGCACGGGGCUGAGCGACACCGGCUCAUGCUGCCUGCGGGCCGCGGCCGGCGGUUGGCGGCGGCGCUGUUGGCGGCGCUGGGCGAAGGCGCGGAGCGGCGGCGGGAGCUGGAGCAGCGGGCGGAGCGGAGCCGGGCCCUCCUGCGGUGCUGGGGCUAUGAGGAAGAGGAGCAGCCGCACCCGGAGGCCGACUCUAGCAAUGGACACGAGAUCAAGCCUUCACCCAAGGAGCUGGCGGAGCUGGAACUGCUGAACAGGGCCUUAGAGAAGGCACUGAAAAUCAGGAAAAGUGUUUUGAAAAAAACUCCUUUAGAGGCCCAGAGAGCUACAGGAGAGAAAUCUGCAGGUGAGGGACCUGCUCCCAAGAAUGUUGAAGAGCAGCAAGUGCCUGUACCUCUUGGGGUUGUUCCUGAGAGCACAAAGGUGAUAACUGUAAGCAAAAAGCCUGCUUCUUUGAAGAAGCCCUCUCCAUGCCAGCUAAGAGCCCCUUACAGGACUGAGCCAGAUGUGAAAAAACUGCAAAGAAAAGCCCCAGCCAGAUGUGUUUCACAAGGCUCCAGGACAGCUGGGAAGAACCUGUCAAAAGGGUUGGCUUGCAAACCAGGAAGGAGUCAUAGGACAGCAGUCAGUGCCAGUGACGGAGACACCUGUGUGGCAGCUGAACUCCAAAAGACAUCUGGCUUGUCCAAAUCUGCCCUGAAUAAGCAGCAAAGCUUUUCUGUAGGGGAUUCAGCUGGUGGAAAGAACUCUAUAGCUGCUGGCAGGCAUGUAUUUGAUGCAGGGAAGAAAAGUUGUGGUUCCCUGGGAGAGUCCAGCAGAAAGGAGGACCCUGCAACUGAAGGUGUGUUGGGAAGAAGCACCUCACCUCAGACAGUCACCCUGCAGCAAAAGGGAUGCCAGCUGAAGCUACCCCUUCCCUACAGGAAAGCCUAUUCCAGGAACUCCAGGGCAUGGGAGAGAUGUUGUCUCCGCCAAACAAAUGCGGAUGCAGCAGCUGCAAGGAACCGUUUUAUAGAGGGGAUCCAGACAACUUUUGGCUCACCAAUGCCGGCCUUCAGUCCUGCGAAGAUAGAGAAGGAGUUAAAGGUCCUCCAGGAUGUCCCCUCCCUUCUGAGCCAGUAUGUGGAAGCUGAGCUUGCAGAUCAUCCCACUCUGCAAAGAGAGUAUGAAAGCCUUCUAACCUUGGAGGGUUUGCAGACCACGGUUUCCCAGUGCCUGCAUAAGCUGCAGCUUCUGCGAGCAGCUCUCGAGUCCCAGAUGAGGCUGUGCCCAGACUGCGCUGAGGAUAUAGGAAGCUGCUCUCCAGCCUGUGUUCCCCCCAGGGGACAGAUGUGUGACAGUGCAGGUGUGCUGGCUGUGCCUCUCCUCUGUUACUCCAGUUUCCAGGAGCUGAGGGACCUGUUUGCCUUGAAGCUGCAAGUGUCGAUGCUGCACCAAGAAAUUGCCUUACAACAGAUCAUCAUGGCAGAACUCCUUCCUGUCCUGGAGUCCAGGCUCUACCCAGAAGAGGCCUCUGCAGCUCAGCUGUAUCGGGUGAUCUACACACAGCUCUGUGAAGGUGGCAAGAGAUUCCCUGUGCUGGUGAGAGAUGAGCUGACAGACUGAUCCAGUGGGAACCUCCUACUAGCCAUUUGCAUAACCAGACACAGUUUUAAGCAAUAAAUCUUUUCUAUCAAC